ACUUUUGAAAAACUAGAUUCUUGUAUGGAAUUUGUUUUAAGUUGCUAUAUUAACUCACAAAUGCAAUUAAAAAUUGGAUCUACUAUUAACGAUUUUUACCAUCAAAUAGAGCAGCAAUCUAGAGAAGCAUUUGUUUCAAAUAAAGUCUCAAGUCAUUUAAAUAAUGAUGUAAAUAAUAAUGACAGAAAAAGAAAACAACCUUAUGAAGAUAUUGAAGAAUUACAAGAGGAAGUAAAUUACUUAUUUGAAGAAGGUAACAAAAGUAAUAUUAUUUUAACAAUUGAUGAUAAAAUACUAAGUGAUGAAUUAAUGUUAAAUAUUAAUGCUACGGAAAAGUCUUCUUAUACUAAUGACGAAAUAAAAGGGGAUUUGGACCUAACAAAGGAAUCACUUUUUAAUUGUAAAGAAAUUGAUGAUGACAUAUUAAAGCAUUUGUCAAAAGAAUUUACUAAUUUAAGUAAUGAAAAUAAAAAAUUUAAAGCUAACAUUCAAUAUAUAAUUGCAAACAUUGAUAUUUUUAAAAGAAGUGUGACUGAAGAAGUUCUCAAAAUGACAACGAUGUAUCCUUUUUACUAUGCCGUUAUCAAUAGUGAUUUUCUAUUAGAUAGGGGUGAAAUUCAAUCAUAUUCAACAAAAGCACAAAAUGAAGAUGCUAACCUAUUUCAAAAAACUAGAAUUAGCAGAAAAGUAGAUAUGAUUGGCAACCUUAAAGAGACGUCAUUCAAGGUUGAAGCUUUAUUCGGAGAAGUUUCUGGUGGAUUAGGACUUGAAAUAAAUGUUUAUGCUUUAAAAUGGAAAGGCAAUAGUAUCUAUCUAUUUGGGUUGGUUGAUAAAGGUACUCUACCAUCAUCUGAGAAUGAAUACGGACUUUUUGAAGAUUUGUAUUGUAUUUUUAAAGAAUUAGAAAGAAAAUUAAAGAAAACUGAAGAAAAAAUCAAAAAUUUAAAUUUAUUAAAUGUAAGAAGUAAAAGGAGGAAUUUAGGUGUAAAGAGCAUACCUGAACUCAACUUAAAUAGAACACCAAACUAG